UGUACGCAUAGAUCAUCUCCCUCUUGUUCCCCUUGCGCUCGCUCUGGCUUUUUCUUGAUGCUGCUGCUGUGUUCUUGAUUGACAGGCAAGAUGUCGGUGUGGCGAGAAGGAGAAGGGGAUGCAGCACCUGGAUUAGGAGUCAGGGAGCAGCCUGUAGCAGCAACACAGGCAGCGUCUUGGAGACGCUAAAAAAAAGGUCAAAAUCAUACUCUGCGUAAGUGGGUACCACAAUGAAUGUCGACCACAUCGGCAUGGAUGCUGUAUAAAAAAAAAAAAAAAAAAAAAACCCUGAACAGUUUUCCUGCACUUUGCUUUACUCAGUGCUGUCAGCAUCAGCACCACUACCUGGUCUGCUUCUGACACGGCAGCUCCAACAGGAGAGGAAAUAACGCCAAAUGGAGUCGAGGUAAUAGCAGAUGAUUAGACCUUUUCGUUAUAAUAUAAUGUGUGAUUUCCCCCCACUUUUGCUGCAGUGAAAAAAAGGAAACAAAAAAGGAACAGCCUUAAAAAAAUCCAAGGACCUGGAUAAGGGGUGGGGAGAACCGCUAUGGAUGAGGAAAACAUGACGAAAAGCGAGGAGCAGCACCUGAGUUUGCAGAAAGCCCUGCAGCAAUGUGAGCUGGUACAGAACAUGAUAGACAUCAGCAUUUCUAGCCUCGAGGGGCUUCGCACCAAAUGUGCCACGUCCAACGAUCUAACCCAAAAGGAAAUCCGCACGCUAGAGGGGAAGUUGGUGAAGUACUUCAGCCGUCAGCUGUCUUGUAAGAGAAAGGUUGCCCUGCAAGAACGCAAUGCCGAACUGGAGGGAUUCCCACACCUUAUGCACUGGUUUAGGAUCGUCAACAUGCGCAAGGAAGUGCUGGAGGAGAUUGCUCCUGGUCAGCUUACCUUGGAAGCUCUGCUAGAGAUGUCAGAUGAACAAGUAUGUGAAACAAUACAGAAAUAUGGUGCAAACAGCGAAGAAUGUGCAAGGUUAAAUGCUGCACUCAACUGUUUAAGGAAUGUGCAUAAAACAGGGAGUGGAUAUUCAAAACAGGACUGGGCCAUCCAAUGGCCCACGACUGAUACAGGAAAAGAGAACACACCUGUGAGUCAGCUAGAGCCAACAGUGUGGAAUCGACCUCAUAGUUCCCAGAGUCCCAAGGUUCCGUCCAAAUACUCCCAACAUUACUGCCACCCAGUGCCAACUCUUGGACCUACUUACAAUCAUACGGAGAGGCUGACUGUUGAAGGCUAUCCUGGACUAUGUCCACCACCGCCAGUGGAAGCUGGACAUCGCUCUUUGCCUCCAUCUCCAAGGCAACGACAUGCUGCACAUACCCCUCCAAGGACUCCUAAUAUUGUCACAACAAUGACCCCUCCAGGAACACCUCCAGUGAGAAGAAGAAACAAAUUGAAACCCCCUGGAACUCCUCCUCCCUCCUCACGUAAACUGAUACAUCUCCUCCCUGGCUUUACAGCACUGCAUCGUAGUAAAUCCCAUGAGUUUCAGUUAGGAAAUAGAGUGGAUGAAGCACAGACCCCAAAAACAAAGAAAAAGAGCAAGCCCUUGAACCUCAAGAUUCACAACAGUGUUGGAAGCUGUGAGAACAUCCCUUCCCAACGCUCUCCUCUGCUCUCUGAACGCUCCUUGCGCUCCUUCUUUGUGGGAUAUCCAUCUUUCCUUCCUUCUACUCCCCCUGUCCACACUGAAACCACCUUCUCUGCAAAUACACUUUCAGUGCCUCGAUGGUCACCUCAGAUCCCACGCAGAGAUCUAGGAAAUUCAAUCAAACACAGGUUUUCCACAAAGUACUGGAUGUCUCAAACAUGUAUCGUAUGUGGGAAAGGGAUGUUAUUUGGUCUAAAAUGUAAAAACUGCAAGUUAAAGUGCCACAAUAAAUGCACCAAAGAAGCACCUCCCUGUCACUUACUCAUCAUUCACCGUGGAGCAAGGUUAGUUCGAACAGAAUCUGUACCAUGUGACAUUAACAAUCCGCUACGUAAGCCACCUAGGUAUGCAGACUUGCACAUUAGCCAAACACUUCCAAAAACCAACAAAAUAAAUAAGCUUGUUAGAGAAAUGUUAUGCAAGAUCAGUUUUAUGCAGCUGGAAGGAGAAGAAGACCACAUCCCUGUUCCAUAUCAACCAGAUUCCAGCAGCAAUCCUUCAUCCACAACAUCAUCAACGCCUUCUUCGCCAGCUCCUCCUCUCCCCCCCACUGCUACGCCACCAUCUCCACUCCACCCUUCCCCACAGAGCACGCGGCAACAAAAGCAAUUCAACUUACCAGCUUCCCAGUACUACAAAUACAAGCAGCAGUUCAUUUUCCCAGAUGUCACUCCUGAGACACAGAAUAGAGCACCACAAGUUAUCCUUCAUCCAGUUAUCUCCGAACCAGUUAUUGAAGGAAAUCCAUUGCUUCAAAUUGAAGUGGAACCAACAUCUGAGAAUGAAGAUGGCAAUGACGAGGCAGAAGACUCACAGGACGACUUUGAGGAAAUGAACCUUUCACUUCUGUCAGCACGCAACUACCCCCGCAAGGCCAGUCAAACUAGUAUAUUCCUGCAGGAGUGGGAUAUUCCUUAUGAACAAUUAGAAAUUGGGGAACUUAUUGGAAAGGGUCUCUUUGGCCACGUGUUCCAUGGUCGGUGGCAUGGGGAAGUUGCCAUCCGACUUAUUGACAUUGAAAUGGACAAUGAAGAUCAGUUGAAGGCAUUCAAACGAGAGGUUAUGGGUUAUAGACAGACUCGACAUGAGAAUGUAGUGUUAUUUAUGGGAGCUUGUAUGAGUCCUCCACACCUAGCCAUUAUUACCAGUUUAUGUAAAGGAAGAACCCUGUACUCUGUGGUGAGAGAUGUAAAGGUUGUGCUGGAUGUCAACAAGACAAGACAGAUAGCUCAAGAAAUUGUGAAGGGCAUGGGUUACCUGCAUGCAAAAGGAGUUUUGCACAAAGAUUUGAAAUCCAAAAAUAUAUUUUAUGAUAAUGGGAAAAUCGUCAUUACAGAUUUUGGGCUCUUCACCAUUUCUGGAGUUCUACAGGCUGGCAGGAAGGAAAAUGCACUAAGGAUUCCUAAUGGCUGGCUAUGCCACCUUGCUCCAGAAAUUAUUCAGCAGUUAUCUCCAGAUACCCAGGAAGCCAAGCUGGCCUUCUCCAAACAGUCAGAUGUGUUUGCAUUUGGAACAAUAUGGUAUGAACUGCAUGCAAGGGAGUGGCCUUUCAAGAGUCAGCCUGCAGAAGCAAUAAUAUGGCAAGUUGGAAGUGGAAUCAAACCUAACUUGGGCCAAAUUGGCAUGAGCAAAGAGAUUGCAGAUAUUUUGCUUUUCUGCUGGGCUUUUGACCAAGAAGAAAGACCUAGUUUCACCAAACUAAUGGACAUGUUGGAAAAAUUGCCAAAGCGGAAUCGCCGACUCUCUCAUCCUGGACACUUCUGGAAGUCAGCUGAGCUGUAACAGAUGGAAUAACGGGUCUGUGCCUUUCUUAUUUCGUACCCCUUUCAAGCUGUUUUUCAUCUUUCUCCAAGUGAUGAGGAAGAUCCGAGGCUGGAAGAAAACAUAACUAUAAAGGAAAAUAUAAAGUUACCCUAACCUAACCUAAGAAAGGGUUCUGUGGUCUGGAAUUUUUAAAGGGCAGAAGCUGUCUCCUACUGACAAUUUUUGAAGUCUGUUUUAUUUUCUGUCUAUGAAUAUCUUUCUGAAACUAAUAAUCUGAAAAAUGCUGACCAUCAGUGAACACAGAGGAAGGAGAUCCUGUCACCAGUUGCUUUACACUUUAACCCCUCUCCAUCCCUAAUGUCUUGGAUGUAGGUAGGGGAGAACCUCAGCAAACAUUGGAACCUGCACUAUAAAAAAAAUUCCAAGUAGACAUUUAGCCUGACCAAUCAGAUUUUACAUUUCUAUUGCUACUUGUGAUGUACUUCAGAAGCUCACAUUUUCCACUGUUCACAGUGGUAUGAUAUGACCUUUUCAAAGGUUAAUGGCAGGAGCUGGAAGACUUUGUUGUGCAUUUUUUUUAUUUUAAUAUCUUCUAACAGCUCUAUUCAUUUGUGCACAUGACUUUCUGCUAGCUUUGAAUGCAAAUUUUAGGAACCUUAUCAAAUUUCUCUAUGAAGCAGUUUAUUUGUUUUAUUCAAACCAGUUUCUUCCUUCUCUGUCUCUCUCAUUCUGAAUGUUUUGUUUUCCAUCUCCUGUAUAGAACUGGGCAAGCUUAGGAAAAUGGGGUGUAGUGUGUGUUUGACAACCUAGAUGAGCUUAAGUGUGUUUAGGUGAUCACCGGCUAGUAUGUGGCUUAGCAGGCCACUGCAUCAGACGAGGCUUUGAAGGGUACAUUGACUUGUUAUAUUUGCAAAGAUACUGCUCCUUUGAACAAAAUUGCAAAAACUGUUACUUUUCACUUAAAUUUAGCUAAUAUUUUGCUGCCUAAAUUUUCUUCCCCUUUUUUCUGUUUACUACUAGGAUUAUUCACAUUUAAAAAAGGAAUAAUCUUUGUAAUCUAGCCCUAUAUGGAAACUGUUGGAAAUGCCAUUGUCCAAAACACAGCAAUCUUUUUAACUCAAGAGUUUACUCAAAAUUCAUAUAGAAUUUUGCAAUUGUUCCAGAGGUGCAAAAACACUGGGGGUUGUUAUAUAAAAAUGGAGUUGUGAGAAAGUUCCCAAACAUGACAACUUUCUUUUUUUUCAGUGUUUAAUUUCAGGCUACAAGGAUUGCACUGAUAUAGACUUUGAACAAUCUAAAUAGAACACUUUUGUGUCAAGUCCAUUGCCAAAGUGAAAAUCAAACUAUAAUCCACUGCAUAAUAGGCUAUUGCAAAGCAAAUAUUAAAUCAGGAAAAGAAAAACAAAGAUUAUAUUAGAAAAGCAAAGGUAAAAAGUAGGACUGCCUGUUUUGUGAAAUAAAUGGUUGCAAUUAGUGGCUUAGCAAGGAAGACUAAAAGGAAACAGAAUUUAGAAAACCUUACUAGAUAAAUGUGUUAUGCCUUAUGUAUUGUUAACAGUUCUUCCAAAAGUUUGAGUCUGAACAUUAAGGGAAGAUUUCAUUCUAAAAACAAAAAUCUGGAAUACAUACCAUGCCACAUUAAAGAGGCAAAUAAUGUUAGUAGUUCCUCCUUUAGGCAUUGUUUGUAAUUUAAGUUGAAUGGAUACAGGAUCCUUCUACAGACAAAUGUAUUCUCUUCAUUCUAUUUUAUCAGUUAAGCACUUUUAAGGCAUUACAACCAUUGCUUUGAAAAGACUUAUGAUGUCAUGAGGUGAGGGCUAUAUGUCAGCAGCUGUCACGGGCUAUAUGUCAGCAGCUGUCACCAAAAUUUGUAAACAUCUUGCAUUACAUUUUAGUGCAAAUUAAUCUACUUGCAAACAUCAACGUAAUGAAAGUGAUACAUUUAACAGAACAUUAAAGUGAUUUUGAUUAUUUUUUUUUACUUUUCCUAUUGUGACUAAUACAUUUUAUAAAAGAGUUUUUACUGUUACCAACAGGGAAUGAAACAUUGGUUCUUGUCAAAAAAAACAUUGACCUGUUUUAUCCAAAACAAAUUUCUAUUCAUGCUUGACAUCCUAAAGUCUUUCUUUUGGAACAAAAAUGUGUCUUUUCUGUUUAUUAAGGCAACAGUAAUACAAAUGUAAUGCUACAAUAAUUUCUUCAGUGGCAGGUAACAUAAGGAAGUAGUGGACAGUAACAGAAAUGAUGUAAAAGGCCAUGGUUCGUAAAUCACCUUUAGUUUGUUCCUUGUGUGACAUGUAUGGGAGAAACUGAUGACUUUAGAGUGAGACUUGACUCAGAUGCAUGCAAUGAGCAGUCAAGGGGUUGUAUUUCUUGUUGAUGUUCUGCAAGACAGGUAACUUGCUCUGAACAGUGCUUUUCAUUUGUAGUUGAUAUUCUGCAAGACAGUUAAGCUCAGACCAGUGCUGUUCAUCAGAAGUCUGCUGGGGGUUGUUUGAGUUUCUUAAAUAUAUUUGUUUGGAGGUCCUAUGUAUAUAUUAUAUAUAUAUAUAUAUACAUAUAAAAGUUAAUUUAAAUAUAAAAAGAAGAUAAUGCACAGAAUCCAGCCACAUUUCCUUGCUCUGUUUGAUGAACACAGACAAUUUUGCCAAUAAGAAAAAAAUUGAAAUUAGUGGUGUUUAAUUAUUAAGGCACACGUUUGAUUAUUUUCUCUUUGACAGAGAGAUGAAUUUAUGUUUAUUUUAUGUUUAUUAAAUGAAACUCAUUUACAGCAUAAUCUAAUGCAAUAGUCACUAUGUAAUAAUAAACAGGAAAGCAUGAUUAUCACGCGUUCAUCAGGCCCUAAGUGUUGUGGUUCCUUUUUAUAUAGACCACUUCAAACAUAAAAUAUUUGUAGUAUUUUCUCUUUAAGUUGUGGCCACCUUUUUUUUAAGAGGAAUUGCAUUACCCAAGAUGUGUUUUUGCAGUGGUAUAUUGUCAUGCUAUAGGUGCUUAAUAUCCUUGGUUUCAUUCCAUGCCUCAAUGAACCUCGGAAUAUGAGUUAAACCCUAUUAUGCCUCAUUCUUUAAUUAUAACAUGAUAUUUAAGAAUGACACAAUCUGGUAUGCUGCUUCAAACAUAAAUUGCCAUUUUCAGUUUAAUUGUAGAACAACCAUAAAUUUAAAUGAUUGCAGUUCACAUUAACGUGUCUACUUUAGCAAUCACAUUAAAAACGCAGUAAUGCAAACCAUGGCAUGUUUUGCAUUGAUAUAGCACACGUUCACAAAGGGUUUUAAUCACACAUCUUAUGCAUAAAGUAAAGCAUUAACAUUGUCUAAACACAACACACACAAGGUUGUACACAUUUCUUAUGCUGUCUUCUUAACAAGAAGAUGGUAUCAGGAAACCUUGAAGGACAGUUUGUAAAGAACCAUUUUAAAUGGUAUACAGAAUUAAACCAGGUAUACCUCAUGCACCAAAAAUGCUUAUUGAAAAUAAACAAAUGCUUUAGAUGCCAAGUCUUGUUCAAUGUUUUAAAUGCUUAAAUGAGUAAAACCAGAUGUCUGUAUACCCAAGUAUCAUAUUGCCUGCCAGCCUAAGUUAUCAAAAUGCUGAUCCCGCUUAAUAAAAUUAAGGCAUUAUCGUACUUUAAUUGUGCCCAUCUUCUCCUUCUAAUGUUCUUCUUCAUUUAUAAAGUAAGAAUGAAUAUGUCAUUUAAACAUAUGCUGAUCUGAAGCUUUAAAUUCCUUCCAGUUCUAGACUUAAAGGGCUAAAGUCAAUAGUUCCAAAGCUUCCUUCAUUAGUUCUUAUGUGAUUGGUUACCAGGCAUUGGGGGUGGAGCACAUUGAUUACAUUCCGAUAUAUGGAAAAAGACAAAUUAAUUAAGUGUUUCUAUAGUGCGAGACACAAUCUUAUUAAUUGUUAAGCACCCUCUGCUUCACUUGUUCAGCUCUGGUAUCAUGCUAGGCAGUUAAACCUUCCAGUACUGACUAGCAAACAACAGCAGCAUAAUAGACAGAUUUGUUUCUGCCUGUUAUCUGUGCCAGUAGUGUGCCCCUGACUUUUUCUAACAUAGCAGAAUAUGUUAUACUGUCUUUCAGCUCAGCUACGUUUAUUUUUGUUGGAGUGGCUCAGCUACAUUUACUUUUUUGUUGGUCUUUCAGACAGUGCUCACUAACUGCUUUAUGGCUUUGAAAGCUGGCAAAACACUUGGAGCAUAUAACACUCCAUGCACUACAAUGAAUUAACACUGGGCUUUGAUUAUAACCCUUUAAUAAUUUGUUCUCACCAUGGAUGCCAAGAUUCACCUCCUGAGCUUCACUCUUGAGGUGAAUUUCUUAGCAUCUUUGUCUCGAACACAUAAUAUGCAGGUUAUGAUGGCGACCUGCCCAUAAUCAUGUAUGUUGCACAACUAAAUACUCGCUACCCAUUAAAUGUACAACUAGAUGGUUAAAUGCAGUUUACAAGUAUUUAAAUGAGUUAAGUGCCAAUCCAUUCCUAAGCUGGCUGAUACUUACUUAUGUUUUGAAAAUCCUAAAUGAUAUAUUGAGACUUUUCAUUAUUGUACCAAUGCAAGUAUGUAUUAGUGCACCAUGUCAAAAGCAAUUAAGCAAAACAAAUUAAAAAUGACUUGCCAAAAUAUUCAGUAUCAGUUAUUUUACUUCUUAAAAAAAAUAGAAAACAUGUCCUAUGGGAAGGCACAAGUACCCUACUCCAUAAAUGAAAAUGGUAUAAGAGAAACACACAUGCAUAUUUGUUUAAUUAUAAACAAGUGUUUAUUUACUAUACUACACCUGUGACAGUUUGUGGUACUGAGGUUACUCGUUACAGUGCUGAACUAUGUCAGAGAUCAUCUGCUGUGCCCAACAUAAUGCUUUCAUA